UCUGCUUUUCUCGUUUUUGAUGUCGAUUCUCGUGUCAUUGAUAAGUAUAUCUAUCUAUCUAUCUAUGUCAGAGUCUCUCACAUUUGAUAUCGUCUUUGACUAGACUUCAGCUAUCUAACUUGUUUGUUAUUGAGUCAAAACUAGUGACACCAAUCCCUAUCAACCACACAAGCCGACCACCUCGGAGACCAGAGCAGUCAUAUCGCAAACAAAAUGUCAAGUUUCUGGAACCCCAACUACAACGUUACCAGCAGUCACAGGAAGAGAAGGUCGAGAAACAAAGGCAAACAGCGCGAGGAAAACACAGCAAUACCAUUCUUUGGCUCCUCGACAUCAGCAUCACGACGGCAGCGACAGUCAUCAUCGUCAUCAUCGUCAUCCUCUAGGUAUGAAGAAGAAGACCUAGUCCUGGUCAGACGCAAGGAUAGUCCACCGUGGUGGUGGCUGUUGUUGGUGGAAGGGACCUCGGGAGUUACGGUCAUGAGAGCUGCCAAAGACGAGCACGGCUCUCGUCGUCGUCCCGGCCAUAGGGUGCUUGAGCCACUUGUUGAGGGGAAAGUGGCCAAUUUUUUCCCGGCAAGGUUGGAUGUGGAGGAGUAGGUGUGAUGCCAAUGCACCUUUGUUUUUCUUUGUGUUGAUUGUUCCGAGGAAUAUGCACUGGUUACACCCGCGAUAUGCCACCGAUGCGGGUGACGAGUCUCG